GCCGCCGCGCUGCCUCCCCGCCCCCGCCGGGAUUCACUGAGUAUUUGGACGGGACGAUCAAGUGGCCCUGAUGAUGUUACCAAGCCCGGUCACCUCCACCCCUUUCUCAGUCAAAGACAUUCUCAACUUGGAGCAGCAGCACUUCGGCGGCGCGCACUUGCAGGCGGACUCCCUGGAGCGCCCCUUCCACUCGGCGCCCUGCGCGCUGGCCGCGGCCGACGGGACGCAGUUUUCCGAUGGAGGGGAGGACGACGAGGACGAGGAGGGCGACAGACUGUCCUAUUUGAGCUCGCUGGCCGCAGCCGACGGCCACGCGGAUGCGGGGCUCUGUCCCCAGAGCUACGUCCACGCGGUCCUGCGAGACUCGUGCAGCGGCCACAAGGAACAAGACGAGGAGCCCGAGGCCGUGAGGGACCCGAGCCAAA